AAAAUACACAUUCUGUUUGGACAAUUGUGCGGGAAAACACGUCUAAGCCCGAGAACAAUAAUGAGUUGCCUUGCACCACUUUGGCUGUUGUUGGUAUUAUGGGUGCAUUGCGUAUACGCACAGUAUUACCGAUCGAUGCCAAGCGAUGCGCUGACAUUUAUUCUGUAUAAUCCUUCGAGUGGCCAGCAAUUGGCACCAGUUCGUUAUAUACUCUCACGCACCGUCAACAAUAAUCUAAUUGAGCUGCCAUCGAUGGGUAGGCCGUGCUCCUGCCAGGACUACGCGUGCAAGUGCUGCUUGGGCCUGGGGUUUGGAGUGAUAAGGGAGGGCCUGUGCCUCAACGUCGCAGGCAAUCUCCGAGACCUCAGUGUUAAUUUUGUCGUUGAGCUUAACCAUCGAUCGUUGGCCGACUUUGAUAUAUCGCCCAGAAGUCUCCCGGAUUUUUGCGCUCCGCUUAUGCUGCCGAUUCCAAUUUUUACCUGCCUGCGACUCUAUAAUAUACAUAUCAUCGACCGGAGCUUGUACGUCUGCACCUCGCUGGUAUUUAAGAUACUAUUCCAGCAGAUGUUUGAGUACAAAUUGACCUGCUUGGAGCUGAGCGUCAAGGGCGUGGCUGCGGUUGCUGAAACGGACUGGAAUAAGGAUCAGAUUCAGCUAAGAACGUAUCAGCAACAAUUACCGAACAACAAACUUGAAGUCUACGCUGCAUAAGUUGAUAGUAUGGCCCAUGGCUUUUACAUGUACACUCAUCCAUCCUCCACUCAUUCUGUUAAAUAUUAAAUCUAACAAAAGAAAAAAGUGAAAUUUUUGUUAAUUAAAAAAAGCAUUUUAUUCAAAAGCCGCACCAACAAGAAACGACACAAUAAAGCGCUAUGAAAAUUGCGAAAA